AUGUUUAAAGGAGUGUUCCCAAGAUCCAGAGAAAGGGAGAAUUCGUUUGGAUUUCCACGAGUUGGAGCAGGGAUUUCAAGUGCUCCUUCUAGUUCCAGCUCUGAAGGCAAUAGUUCAGAAGAGAUGAUACUUAGCGGCGAUGUUCCUAAAUUGAAGAAAAGUAGAUCAUUCUGUAUUCCAAUAGAGCCUCAUAAUCUUGAAAAAUUGGCAAACGAAAGCUCUCAAGAUGUUAAUGAAAGUUUUGAUCCUUUCUCCCCUUCAAGACUUGAAAGGAGCAAGAGUAUGACUUUCAGUUUAGAAAGGAAAAGUAGCUUCGGAGUUCUUUCAAGACCAAAAUCUGUUACAUUUAGCUUGCUUGAAGAGGAAAGAGUCGAUGACGAGCAGGAGGUUUCAAACGGGUUUCUUGAAGAAGCAGGAGGUGUACGCGAGGAGAUGGUUACAAAGGAAAGGUUGUUUUCUCCAAGAGAAGAUGAAGCAGAUGACGAGAAGUCCAACACCAACACGAACUCCGACAUUCCAACACCAAACUUACACUCAGAGUAUGAUGGCCCAGGAAAUUACGGAGAGUCAAAUGAAUUCAAUUGUUCAUCAGAGUAUUCUUCUCCUCUUGAAGAAAAGCAAGAACCAGAAGUUAAAUUUGAGACAAUAAGGGACUACAGAAGCUACGAAAAUGAUAUCCAAAGUUUGUUCUCCAAAGAGUUAACAGGAAGUGAACCUGACUUUUCGGAGCCACUAGAAGAGCCUCAUACAAUUACCAAGAACAGUGAAGUCCAAACUGCCGAAGAAGAAGAUGAAGUAUUUCACUCCUUAAAAGCACUUGCUGCUUUAACAGGCAUUGAAGAUAUAGCUUUGAAAUACGCCAACAAUUACGAACUCUCAUCAAUAAUCUUUUCUUUGGCUAAAAGUAUUGAAUCUAAAAUUAGAGAUACUACUUCCAAAUUGGAGUCGAGGAAUGCCGAAUAUCUUGAAUUGGAGAAUCAGCACGAGAUUGAAAUGACACAACAAGUGGAAGAAUUCGAACAAUUGAAGAAUGAAAAAAACCUCCUUAAUGCUGAGUAUGAAACCUUUAAACAAAAUACCGUUCUUGAAAAAGAAGAAGAAACCGAGAAGUGGAAUCGUUACUACAAGCACCAGAAUGAGCUCCGCGAAAUCGUGAAUGAGAAGGUGGAAGCUUUGAAGACAAUAAGUUUGAGCGGAUAUGAAGUUUCCACCUACGGUAACCUCGUUGAAGCUGUUAAAGCAGUGGUUGAAAGCGAAAGUAGCCUAAAAGAGGAAGUGAGCUUGUUCAAAGGUAUCCAAGAAGAGAAAGAGAAACAGGAAAAUGAAGAUAAGAAAGAACUCCAGAGUACUAAAGAUGCACUCAAUUCAGUAAUCUUUGGACUCGACUCGGCAAUUGCAGAGAAAGAACAACUUCAAUACAAGUUUGACGAACUAAAAGCCCAAGUUCUGAGAAACAACCUAAAUGAAUCUGAAAAGAAUGAGGAACAUGCUGAAGAUGAAAAAUUGGUUCUGCUUCAGUACAAACAAGCUUUGAGUCCGAACGAAAUGGCUGCGAAAAUUAAUUCUGCAACGAUUAAAUCACUAUCAACUCAACAGGAACAUCAGAUACACACAUUGAACAAAUUGCUUGAAGAAACUGAACAUAACAUAAAAGAUGCUCUAGAAAAGACAACAAGUAACUUACUGGAAUAUCCAGGAAUGUUGAAGCACAAAGAACAGGAGAUUAUUGACCUAAAAGAACUACUUAUUCUUCACGAGAGAUCCGAAUCACAGCUCAACGAAUCAUUGAGAAACUGGAAGAACGACCACCAGAAUUUAAUGAAACAGGUCGAGAAGCUUACUGCUAAGGUGGAUUUGUCGAAAAAGCAAAAGGAUGCAGCUUCUGUUACAAUUAAUUCCUUGAAAGAAUCUUUGGCCCAAAUGGUCUCAGAAAAGAUAGAGCUUUCCAAGUUAAACUCUAUUCUACAACAGUACAACAAUGACCUUGUGAAAUGUUCCUUGCAAACUUAUAAAGGGUGUUAUGAAGGGUUAUCACCACUUCUCUACGAAGAAUCUAGAACCUAUUACUUGCGAUUGAAAAUAUCCCUGCUAUCGAGAAGAUGUCCAGAUUCUUCAUAA